AUGACAAUCACUUACACACUAGAAGUUAGCAGAGCCCGUUUCUGGGGUUUUGCGAAAUUGCUAGCACGAUGGAAAGGAUCGAUAUAUCGAUUAAUGUAUAGGGAAAUGAUUUGUUUUCUUGUAGCUUAUUAUACUGUUAUGUUAGUGUACAGAUAUCUCUCUGACGACAGUAUGAAAAGAUCAUUCGAAUCACUGGCAGUUUACUGUCGUGAUUUUACCUCUGUUGUACCAAUAACCUUUGUGAUGGGUUUCUACGUUACCUUUAUUGUUGGCAGAUGGUGGCAGCAAUACGUGAACAUUCCGUGGCCAGAUAAGGUAUGUAUACAAAUAUCUGCGUAUGUUCAAGGCGGUGAUGUGCGAGGUCGUAUGAUCCGUCGAGCAAUGGCACGCUACAUCAACCUCAUAUCCGCUCUGACCUUUCAGAAUAUCUCAACUGUGAUAAAACGUCGAUUUCCAACCAUUUCUCAUCUAGUAGAGGCUGGAAUUCUAACAGCAGAAGAGAAGGACAUGCUAGACAACACGCAAACUCCACAUGGGAUUUGGUGGGUGCCGUCUCAAUGGUUUUGUCAACUGGCUGCCACUGCUAGAAAGGAAGGUCGAAUUCACGAUGAUUUACACUUAAAGUCACUGAUAGAUGACUGCCUCGAAUAUCGUGGUCAGUGUGGAAUGAUUUGGUCAUAUGAUUGGAUUUCAGUACCUCUAGUUUAUACACAGCUUGUGACGAUAGCUGUUUACAGUUUCUUUGUAGCAUGCUUGUUUGGUAGGCAGUUUUUGCUUUUCGAGGUAAGUUGGUUUUCCACCCUGGGGUGCAAAAAGCUUCAGAGCCACACAGGUUUCAACCCUACUGUGACCACGCUGUUAUCGUGUAUACUCCACAACUAUAAGACUUUUUGA